CCCGCGAGGAGAGUCCGGCAGCGGCGGGAGCGCGGAUCGCGCCGUGUCUAGGACAGCGCCUCCACGGAGCUUCCCUCCCGACCCUGUCUGCCUCGCGUCUCAGCUGCGGCCGCUCAGGUGCAGAAGAUGAAUAACCUUUCAUUUAGUGAGCUAUGUUGCCUCUUCUGCUGUCCACCUUGUCCAGGAAAAAUUGCUUCAAAAUCAGCUUUUUUGCCACCUGAUCCAACUUACACAUUGAUGUGUGAUGAAAGUGGAAGCCGCUGGACUUUACAUCUAUCAGAACGAGCAGACUGGCAGUACUCUUCAAGAGAAAAAGAUGCUAUUGAAUGUUUCAUGACUAGAACCAGUAAAGGCAACAGAAUUGCCUGCAUGUUUGUGCGUUGCUCACCCAAUGCCAAAUAUACUUUGCUCUUCUCACAUGGAAAUGCUGUUGAUCUUGGUCAGAUGAGCAGCUUUUACAUUGGACUGGGAUCACGGAUUAAUUGUAAUAUAUUCUCAUAUGAUUAUUCUGGAUAUGGUGCAAGUUCUGGGAAACCAACAGAGAAGAACCUCUAUGCAGACAUUGAAGCUGCUUGGCUUGCUCUCAGGACAAGAUAUGGCAUUCGCCCUGAAAAUGUGAUCAUCUAUGGCCAAAGUAUAGGGACAGUACCAUCUGUGGAUCUUGCUGCUCGGUAUGAGAGUGCUGCUGUUAUACUUCAUUCUCCUUUGACCUCAGGAAUGCGAGUUGCUUUUCCUGAUACUAAGAAGACCUACUGUUUUGAUGCAUUCCCAAACAUUGACAAAAUCUCUAAGAUAACCUCUCCAGUAUUAAUAAUUCAUGGGACUGAAGAUGAAGUCAUUGACUUUUCACAUGGCCUCGCAUUGUUUGAGCGGUGCCAAAGACCAGUGGAGCCUCUGUGGGUUGAAGGAGCAGGUCACAAUGAUGUGGAACUUUAUGGACAAUACCUUGAGAGGUUGAAACAGUUCGUGUCACAGGAAUUGGUAAAUUUGUAAAAUACUCUGUAAAUUUGCAUACUGGGUUUUCUUUUUUUGCUGAACUGCACUCUUGGUAAAUAACAUAAAACCUGAAGGUUUUGUUUGCAAAUCAUGUCAGUUGCCUUCAUAAAUGUACAGGUAAUGAUUUGUUAACAGACUUAAUGAAGGUUUUAAUUACCAGAACCUAGAAACUGGAAAUAACAGUAUCAUGCAGUCAGGCUGUGUAAUUUAUAUUUUUUCUUGAAAUUUUUUUUUAAACAUCAAGAUGAGUACUGUAUGAAAUUUUAAUUAAUUCUAUAAAAUCAAAUGCUGUAAAAGUAUUGCAAAUGCUUUUGCAUAUCAGAAGGAACAAAUUUAUAAAUAUUUUUAAAACAUCUCAAAGAACUAAAUCUUAUCCUGGUAUACAAAUGUAAUAUUCUUUUCCAAAAAAAAAAAAAAAAGUAAAAGCUAUAUAACUAAAGCAAUUCAAGUACUCAUAAUAGUAAAUGUUAAAAAAAUAUAUGAAAACAUGCAAGUUCACUACAGUUAACCUAAACCCUGUUGUACAGGGAUAGAGGUUUAAAUGGUUAUUAUUUUAUUGUAAAAUAAAUAAAAUUUUCUGUAUUCUCUUGUUAUACAUUUAUCCUAAAAAAUGAUGUAAGUCUUAAUUUUUAUGCCAUCUGUUAAUUUACUGAUAGUUUACCUUGUAAAUGAGAAGUCAUGAUAGCACUGAAUUUUAACUAGAUUUGAUUUAUAAGUUUGGUACUGUGACGCAGCAACUUCCAAGUUUUCUUUUUAGUUAUUUAAAAGGCAUUUAAGAGCUUUAAGAAUGAUUUUGUAUGCAAUGUUGUUUUAAAUUUUGACUAAACUUGUAGAAUUAUAGUACUCUUCAUUAUAUGAAAACCUGAAAGUACAUUAGUUGUUCUUCAACAUCAUGAACAGACUGGCUGUUUUUAAGACUAGAACUAUUGUUUUGGACUACUAUCUGAAAAUUUCAUGGAUUCACUCCUGGAUACAGGAGAUAAGAAAACAAUUAAUUCAUAACUUUUAUAUUAACCAAUAUAGUAAAAAAUAAAGCUCACACACACACACUCAAAACUAAGUUGCCUUUCCUUGAAUGAAUCCUGCCUGAAUAAAACAAUGGAAGAAAAAUAAAAAUAAAAUUAACGGUAUGUAGUCUAAUUUGUAAAUGAAUGACUAUUGAAAUAAUACACACUGUGGAUAUAUUUUAAGGCCUUAUGUAGUUUUAAUUGUUUGCUUGUUCUGUGGUUAUGUCUAAGACUAUAGUAUAUGAUUCUCCUCAAAGUAUAUCAAGUAUUGUGAAUGCUUUGGUUCAGAUGUGUCAAAUUAACAGUAAAACAACAAAUACACCACUCA